GCCUCCUCUAGGAUGCUGGGCUUCCAGAAUAGAACAGCGCCCAGGACCGCCACGCCCGGCCCUGCAAUAAGAGCCUGGCCUCUCCCUCGAGCCGCAGCUGGGCCUGGCUGCCUUCUGCGCCCGCUUGCACUGGCCGUGCCAUUUCCUGGGGCUGUGCGCGCACCUCGACUGCCUGCCCGACAUCUGGGCGCUGAACCACUGGAGCGUCUAGCUCACCCCUUUCUCGCGCGGCGCCACUUGCUCUUCGACGCGGCUUUCUUCCUGUGCUGCCUGCGCGAGCCGCUGCUAGUCUACCCCGACUUGGCGGAGGUGGUGGGCAGCCAGUGGUGAUCUCCAUCAGAGGCAACUGAAAGUUUC